AUGUUCACACAGGAGCUGCUGCUGAAACAACGCACAGAGUUUCUCCAUGCUCUCUGCGCAUGCGGGUCAGCCCAACAUCUGGAAAGAGUUCUGGAUAUUCUGCUGGCCAAGGGUGAACUUGGAUGGGAGGACUACCAGAGCAUCCAGGUCCCAGGGAGGACCCUGUACUCUAACGCCAGGCAGCUGCUUGACCUGGUGUACACCAAAGGAGCGGACAGCUGUGGGAUCUUCAUCGCUGCUGUCCAACAGGUCCUACCAGAAGCACAGAGAGGUGGCCUCUCAUUUUCAGAACGCCCUUCUUCUUUGGAGGACCAAGAGAACCCCCCGAGUGCAUCUGCUGAGGCGCUCGUGGCCCAAAGGCCGAGUCUUGUUUAUAAGCUCCAAGGCUGCAUCGAUGGUGUUCUGGAAGCUCUGGUUGACUCAGGUCAAUUUUCCUCAGAUGAAUGUGAUGAGGUGCAGCUGCCUGUUCACACCCCCUCUCAGCAGGCAAGGCGUCUGCUUGAUCAUGUCGGAUCCAAAGGUGAGGCAGCAGCCGCGGUUGUUCUGCAGUUUAUUCAGCAAAGAAAGGAAUUACAAGCCCAAGUGAGCCAGAAGAAACCGACUCCAACCAAAGAGUUUUUGAAAUACAAGAAGAAGUUGCGCAGCUCUGUGUCAGCACAGUCCUGCUUUCUGAGUACUUAUGGAGGGACCAACCACACGGCCCUGGAUGACAUCUUCACUGAAGUCCAGCUGGAACUUCCUCACACCGGAGCUGGCGUCCACAGAGCUUUGGGCUUGGAGGACAUCGUUGGGCCAGUGGGGACAGUGAAUGAGGAUGCAGACACUGUUCUGGUGUCUGGGGAGGCAGGCAGUGGGAAAAGCACCCUCCUUCAGAAGCUACAAUUGCUUUGGGCUCAGGGGGCCGCCCUUCAGGACUUUGUCCUUCUGUUCCCAUUCAGCUGUCGCAGGCUGAACUCAGAGGACCGGGAGCUGUCUGUUCAAGAACUGCUGUUUGAGCACUGCUGCUGGCCAGACAGGGAGCAGGAGGAGAUCUUCCAGUUCAUACUGGACAACCCUCAUUGUAUCCUCUUCACCUUUGAUGGCCUGGAUGAACUGAAGCAGAGCUUUUUUGAUGAACACAGACUCUGCUGCCCCACCCAACGUGCACCUGUGAAUCUACUGUUGUUUAACCUAAUCCAGGGCUCUCUAUUGAAGGGGGUCAGGAAGGUGGUCACUAGUCGUCCAGAGGCAGUAGGACCUGGGUUAAAAAAGCACCUUUGCAAAGAGGUCCUCUUGAAAGGCUUUUCCCCAUCAAGCAUUGAUUGCUUUGUGAGAAGACAUCAGAGAGAUGCCGAUGUAGCAGUUAAGGUCUUAGAGUCCCUACAUGCAAACACAGCUUUACUUGGACUGUGUCACAGUCCAGUUCUCUGCUGCAUAGUCUCACAGUGUCACAGGGAGCUGCUUGGAUGUGGAGAAGGAAGCCCACAAACCAUCACAGAUGUGUAUGUAAUGAUCUUACAGCACUUCUUCCAGCGUCACAGCACGGCAAAGCGUACCAUAGGAGGCUGGCUGCAAGAGAACCUAAGAACUGUCUUACGUCUUGGCCAGCUUGCCUUUAAAGGGAUAGCCACCACCUGUUAUAUCUUUUCAGACACAGAUCUGGAAAUAUAUGGCGUAACUGAAAAGGAUGUUUGCAUGAGCUUUCUCAUACAAAGCAAAGACAUGUCCCUAGGUCACAGCAAACACUACGAGUUCCUUCACGUGACAAUGCAAUGCUUCUUUGCUGCUCUCUUCAUUGUCCUGUCGAGUCACCAUGACGGUUCAACUAUUCUUAAGCUUUUUGAGCUGCAGGACAUGAUGGACACCGGUCUUAGCAGUACGUGCUUCAAAGCCUGCCUUCCUUCAAGCAAUAAAGAGGAGAAUGUCUCAGAGGAACGUGCUACUGCAGCAGAAACCCCAAAUUUGCAGAUCACAGCCACCUUUGUGUCUGGAUUACUGUCCCAGCGCCUUCAAAAGCUGUGGUUCCACUGCUGCUCAAGUGCUGUGGUGGAGAAGAAGAGUCGACAGGUGGAAAGAUGUGUCUCCAAAGGCAUGCAGAAGCACUUCAGGUCCAUCCCUCGACCUGUUCAGGGGGAGAAGAAAAGCAUGCACGCAAUGCCCGGGUUCGUCUGGCUCAUCAAAUGCAUCUAUGAGAUGCAGGAGAGCAGGAUAGCUAAAGAUGUCACGAGUAAGCUGCAGGUGGACCACUUGAAGUUGACAUACUGCAACAUUGGACCGGUGGAGUGCACUGCACUCACGUACGUGCUCCAGCAUUUGAAGAAACCCGUGGGUCUCCAGCUGGACAACAACUCAGUCGGUGAUGUUGGAGUGGAGCAGCUGCUUCCCUGCAUGCACAUUUGUAACUCCUUGUAUCUCAGAAACAAUAACAUUACAGAUGAGGGCAUCCACAAACUCAUCACGAAAGUGAUCCAGUGUGACAACUUCCAGAAAAUUGCGCUUUUCAACAACAGACUGACCGACGCUUGCACACAGCACAUGUCUCAUCUCUUGACGAACAAACAGAAUUUCCUGUCACUGAGGCUGGGCAACAACAAUAUUACUGCAGAAGGAGCAAAGCAGCUGGCAGUGGGACUGAAACAGAAUCAUUCACUGCAGUUUUUAGGGCUCUGGGGCAAUAAGAUCGAGGAUGCAGGAGCAGAAGCCAUUGCGAGUGCUUUAGAAAGCAGUACAUCUCUGUUGUGGCUCAGCCUGGUAGGUAAUGGUGUGGGUGAUGCAGGAGCACGUGCUCUCUCAGCCGUCAUCAGGAACUGCGUCUCGCUGGAGGAACUUUGGUUGACAGAGAACUGCAUAACCAGGACAGGGGUGGAGUAUCUCAUUAAAGCCAUAAAGCAGAACUCACAUGUGAAGUCAGUAUGGCUGAAAAACAACAACCUCAGUCUGGAGGAGGUUGAGGAAAUGAAACAAAUCGAACCCAAACUGAUUUUUUGA